AUGUAAGUGCUUUAACCAAUUAACGAUCAAUAAUAGCCCGUAAAAAUAAGUUCAGAUUAUCAAUUUAAAGAGGUUCCUUAAUCUAGAUGCAUAUAUCAUCCUUAGUACAUUCGUCAUUUUUGUAAAGAACCAUCUUGUUUGAUGCCAUUAUGUGAAGAUUGUAUUAAGGUACAUCCUCAUUAACAUUCUCGUUAUAGUAAUAAUCUAAUAAUAUAAACAUAUUAGUUGACUCAAUAGAGAGUACAUUAUCAUAGGUUUAUAAAGGUUAUGCAAGUAAGGCAAACGAGAUAGCUACUCAUUAAACAGGAGACAUAUUGUAAAUAAGAUAAGACUUACAUAAGUUAAUAGAUACAAUAGUUGAUGAUGUAUUGAAUAAGGCUGAUAAGAAUUAUUAAUAUGAUUAAAUUGUGUAAUGGAGAAAUUUAAUAAAGAAAUUAGAGAGAUUGAAAGAUCCAAAUAAUUGUUUAAAGGAAGCAAUAUUAUACUUUGCAGAUUAAGAUAAUUCAAACGNAAACAUUUUUACUUUUGCUCAUUAUUUAAUUAAUGAAUCAAUCUCUUAUAUAAAUUAAGCAAUAAAGAAGAAUUUAUUCAAAUCAUAAAAUAUACUCAAAACCAUUACCUUCAUGUGGAUUUAAACGAAAUACUACACUGAUAUAAGAUGGGUCAGUACUCAAAAAUGA